AUGCGAGUCCCCGGGGUAAACUUCGCCCCAGCUGUGAAGCUUUUCUCAGGUUUAAAGUCCCCCGCAAAUAGCCACUCCACCAUUUGGAGGUUCCCAUUCUUGAGCCACAGUCACAGCCAUAGGGACUGGCUCGGCCCCGGUAGGGGCCCCCUAUUAAGGACCACCACCUUGUGGAUCAGACCCCGCGCAACGUACCUACCGAUUAGAGUUCGCCCCGGUGGAGAAAGCAGUGCUGGUGUGGAAAUACCAUCUGAACAGGUGCAGCAUCACAGCUGUAUGACCACGAACAGAAAAGAUAACGGGAUGGAAGUGACUCGAAUGACCAAGGGACACACGAGGAAAACUUCCCUCUUUUAUCCGCACGGCCUCCUCUCGAUGAACCCCCCCAUAUGGUCCAAAGCAUUUAGCACAAAAAACAUAAGAGGGAGGUUAUUUUACAAGAGGAGACCCAAGCAGAUACCAAAGCUGAAAAAAAAAAACUGGAGGUCCAAGUGGUUAGAGGGAGCUCCACAAAAGAGAGGAAUAUGUUUAAAGGUCCGAGUGCAGACUCCUAAGAAGCCAAAUUCAGGAUUGAAAAAAAUCGCUCGAGUAAGAUUAUCCACAGGAAGAAUUAUCUCUGUAUACAUCCCAGGAAUAGGUCAUAAUUUGAAUACACAUAACAUCAUACUUGUUCGAGGUGGCAGAUGCAAGGACAUCCCUGGAUGCAAUUACAAAGCCAUCAGAGGGGUCUACGAUUUACUUCCAGUCAAAAAUAGACUUAGGGGAAGGAGUAAGUAUGGGGUGAAACUCUCGGAAGAGAAGAAGAAGCACCUAUUGGAGAGGUACAACUUUAAGCACAUAUACAUUAAGAAGGACGUCGAGGAGUUUAACAAAUACAAGUGGUUCAAUUACGUCGAUGGGGAGAAGAAGCUUAGAGAGAAACCGCUAGACGAUGAAGAGCCUCUCCCCAUUAACAUCUUCCACUUUAACACCUACUACCGGAACCGCAAGUUUAGGCAGUCCCAGGAAGAGUGA